AUGAGGGACACGACCAGGGUGUGCGACCUACCAGAUUUCCCCUUUCAGGAUGUUCGUAUCACCGGUCUUUUACUUGGCAUCUCGAAAGAUAUGACAAGUCCUGGAAGACCGUAUGUUUUACACAUGACGGAUUUUUCGAAGCCAAACUAUAACGUAAGCCUUCAUAAUGGAAGCAUGGCAACAUGCUACGACUUUCUUAGGCUCGUAUCAGGUAGAAAAACUGAGUUCAGGGGUCGGGAUCUUCGCGAUUGGACCGAUCACAUGUUUGAUGUAAUUUGCUUUAACAGAGAGUUCAAUGGGUUGAAAACCCUCAUUGAAAAUAAAACACACAAAGAUCUGAGCAACGAGGUUUGCUACUAUGAUAUGAUGAGUACUGCUGGGCUGCCGGAUGGUAAUUAUUUUAAUAAAGGGUCCGCAAAAGGAGUUGACUACACUCAAGACGCGUUAUUUGAAAAUGGCGAACGUACUUUUAUCGCGCACUAUUCUCCAACAACAAACGAGCAGGAAACUCAAUUGGACAAGGCCGGCAUAUUUGUGUCCAUAUGCGUGAAGGCAAAUGUUUAUAAAGGCACAUCUCAGCUGAAAGCAGUAAUGAACUCUGUUAUCGGAGGAGGCUUUUUUGUUCAUAAUAUGACCGAUCCAGAUGAAGAUGUUCUUGAUCCAGGGAUAAUGCAUAUACUGGUGGAUUGGCGCAAAUUCUUAGGAGUAGUUCAGACAACAAGCAUUGCCAUACGACCGAAAAAGUUGACCAAUUCUUCAAAUAACGAAAGUCAGAGAGUAGACUACGUCGAAAAUGCCAAUGAGAGCAAGUUAGCAGGUGAUAUAGCACCAGUAUACACACCAUUAAGUGUGCUAGAGAAGGUUCCGACUGAGCAGACAGGCAGACAGACAUCAUAUCUGGUAUAUGUGGUAGUUGACAGUAUAACAACAGAUAUUGACAGUGAGGGUAUUGCCUACAGAGAGUUAGAGACACAAAACUGGGUUUGCCGAGACCUGGAGGUGGAAAUAGUGGAUAGCAAAGGGCAGAAGCUGGGGAUAGCCGUAUUAGGCAAGGAUGUACCCCGCUUUGUACAAAUAAACGGGCCAAAAGGCAGCUUCAAAGAUGUUCAGGAGGAAUUCGAGAUGGAAUUUCGGUCGAGGAUAAAAGAGAUGGUGUUGAUGCAAAAAAAAGAGGGGAUGCUCAUCCGAAAAGUAAAACUUGCAUUAGGUGGAACGGACAGCGCAUAUAUACCGAUUUGGCGGUGGAUGUUUACGGAUCCGGCAAUUGAGGAAGAAGGUUCGAGUUAA